AAUCAUUCGUAUUUUGAACACUUAACGGUGAACACCAAACAAAACCUUCUACAGGUGGAAGUUGAAGAACAAAACAAAAGAAAAAAAAAGAAACCUAAGCUAAACUAAAACGUUGUUUAUAAAUAAACCCAAGACUCGUUCGUUUGGAAAUAAAAGAAGAAAAUAAACAAUAGCAAAAAAGUGCAACGACUGAAGAAUUCUUUCAAACAAAAGCAAGAACUGAAAAAAUAAACAAGAAUUGUGCAGCGCUAAGCAAGCCAAGACAAACUGCAGCAAUUUGAGAAGAAUUUUCUGGAAUUCACAAGAGAAUACAAAUAGUCCGUAACAGUGGUGGUUGAAAAAUCCAAUCCUAUCAAAAAGUGCCUUCAAAGCAAAAAAAAACAAACGAAGUGUAUUGAUUUUUUGUUCUCAUCAAAAGAAGUGACGUAAAAAACCAAUUCCGCAACAAUGGCUUUUAUGAUGCCGGUUAUGAAAAAUAAUUAUGACAUCUACAAGGAUAGUCGUUCUCGUAAAACAUCCGAAUGCUCCAAUGGACCCACAUCCGGUCCAGCUGGCACUCCCUCCGUGGCAUCGGCCAUGGGUGUGAGCAGUGCCCAGGCCACACGUAGGCAGCGCAUGAAGUCGGAAAGUUUUGCUUCCUCACCCAGCCACACGUAUCGCAUGCAAAUGCAACGGUGCCAAAGUCAGAAAACUUUCCCACGCAAUGCUUCCCGGACCUCACAGUGCUCCACCUCAGGGGCCUUGUCGCCAACACGUUCCUUCUAUCAACCAUCAAACAGUCCGCCAAAGACGAACAAUGAAAAUUCGGGCUCCCAGCCAGAUCUAACCAAAUUCCAUUUACGUUUAGUGGAGAAAUUACGUAAAUCCUUUCGCAAGGAUUCGGGCAAACGUUCCUGAAAGACUGGUCUCUUGUCAAGAGAACAAGAACAACAAGCAGAAGAAUGUAGUAAUAAUUGUUGUCAACAAAACGAAAAUAAAGCAGAAAACCCAGCAGAAAGCAUUCGAGGUAACGGCAGUUGUAAGGAUCCCAUGCCUGAGGCAGGGGAUGGAGGCCAUACGGAAAGGCCGAAUGGCCAGCCAGGGGCGGCUGUCGCUACACCAACAACGGAUGACAACAUAUCUUCAACGAAUUCCGGCAAAGAAAUGCAAACAGCAGCAACAACAACGGCGGCAGAUGCAGGCGUUUUGGACCACACUAGCAUUGCAACACCUGGGCGCAAAUUCAGAGCUCACUUUGGCCAACGCCUGGCCAAGUGCCACAAAAAAUUGGCCAAUUUACAUUUGCAGCAUCAUCAUCCUCUCCAUUACAAUCAGCAGCAGAGUGAAAAGGGUAGCAUGACCCUACAAUUACUGAGUUCCAGCUCAACAGUGGAAUUGUACAAACACCAGGAAUCGGAGACAUCCAGUCUAUGCACCUCGGAGCACAAACAAUUGCUAAAGCAUCAGCAACCUGCUAUGGAGUCGAAAUCGAAAUCUCCCGAAAAAUCCUAUGGCCAAUUGCGAAAUGCCAGGAGACGGAAACGUCUGUCUUUUAUCAGACGGUGCAGUAAAAGUGCUCCACGCUAACGAAAGCUAAUGAAACGUAUCAAACUCCAUAUCAGGACCAAACGAAAAGUGAAAAGUCGCAUAUCGUUCGUACUAGUCAUGGUUAUGUGACAUGAUCAUGGCAUGAUUCUGAGAUGGGACCGGACUUUUUGCCGGUGGAAGAGGCGGGGGGUCAAGACAACCAUUCGAAAAUGAUUUGCUGCCUGCCAAAGGAAAAUUUUGCUUCAAUGCUUUACAAGAGAUUUUGGCCCAAGUUCCCGCCAUGCAUGACGUUCAAAUGCUUGGUUGGGUGGAUGGAUGGUUGGAUGGUAUGUUGAUAUUUCGGUUUCUUUACAAUUUGGCAGUUUGCCCAAAUUUAUUUGAUUCUUUUUUGGUUGCUGUUGUUGUUAUUAUUAUUCUAUAAUAUGUCGAGGAAACCAAAAAGGCUGAAAACAUUUGUUAAUCAUGCACUAGCAGAUGCUACUUUUUGGGGUCGGGAAAGAGGAAGAAAAUGCAUUGCAGGAAUUCAAAUUAAAAUAUUAAUGGCAAGAACUACGUCUUCUGCAAGACAAACACAAAAAAAUGAAGAAGAAUG